AUGCCCUGCGAAGAACCCUGUAACGGCUGCAAAAAGGAUUGCAAAGAUCGCAAUGUCGAUAUCGAGGAUUGGGAAACCGAAUUAACAACCCUGCGAGCACGUACCAAGGAGCUGGAGACCAAGAUCGCCAAUCUCACGACCGAUGCAUCCUCCUCCAAAUCCAAGCUGCGUUCUGCACAAUGGUUCGACAGACCCGACGACCGUGGAAUGGCUGCCCUAUAUAUGGACCGUUACCUCAACUAUGGCCUGACUCGCGAGGAACUGAUGUCGGGGAAGCCAAUCAUUGGUAUUGCACAGUCCGGUUCCGACAUUGCUCCGUGUAAUAGGUACCAUCUGACUUUGGCGAAGCGUGUGCGUGAGGGAAUCCGGACUGCUGGUGGCAUUGCAUUCGAAUUUCCCACCCAUCCUAUCCAGGAAAGCGGCCGGCGGCCGACUGCAACACUUGAUCGCAACCUGAGCUAUCUCACAUUGGUCGAAUUGCUGUACGCAUAUCCUUUUGAUGGCGUUGUCCUGCUCACGGGAUGUGACAAGACAACACCAGCCUGCUUGAUGGCGGCGGCCACCGUGAACAUUCCCGCCAUUUGUCUCAACGUUGGGCCUAUGCUAAACGGCUGGCUUGACCGCAGCAACGAACGCUCGGGCAGCGGCACCAUUCUGUGGAAGGCCCGCGAACUUCACGCAGCGGGCGAAAUUGACAAUGAGACAAUGAUCGAUAUGGUGACCUCAGGAACUCCAAGCCACGGGCACUGCAACACGAUGGGUACCGCAAGCACGAUGAAUGCACUCGCAGAAGCCCUUGGUAUGACUCUUCCCGGUGCUGCAGCUAUUCCCGCACCGUACAAGGAGCGCAUGCAAUGUGCGUAUCGCACAGGUGUACAAAUUAUGGAAAUGGUAGAGAACGAUCGCAAGCCCUCGGACAUUAUGACAAGGCAGGCUUUUGAGAACGCCAUCGUGGCCAACACUGCAAUUGGCGGCAGCACUAAUGCACCCAUCCAUCUGAAUGCUGUGGCAAAACACGUGGGUGUGCCACUGAAUCUUGAUGACUGGGAUAGCCUUGGCUUCAACAUUCCAUUGAUCCUCAAUAUGCAACCGGCUGGUGAGAUGCUAAGCGAGGACUACUAUAGGGCUGGUGGCCUGCCAGCUAUCAUGGCUGAACUCGUUGAAGCUGGUAUGCUACCCCACCCCAAUGCCUUGACAGCCAACGGCAACACUAUGGGGGAAAAUGUAAAGGGCAAGCAAACCUGGGAUCGUGUCACCAUCCGUCCUAUCUCUGAUCCCAUGAAGAAGGACGCUGGCUUCCUCCAUCUCAAAGGCACACUCUUCGACUGUGCCAUUAUGAAAACAUCCGUCAUCAGCCCUGAAUUCCGCAAAAUCUUCCUCUCUGAUCCCAACGAUCCCAACGCGUUUGAAUGCAAGCUGGCCGUUUUCGACGGCCCUGAAGACUACAACAAGCGACUUGAGAGCGCCCCAAUCGACGCCAAGACGAUCCUGGUGAUGAGAGGCGUCGGACCACUGGGCUAUCCCGGAGCAGCAGAAGUUGUGAACAUGCACGCGCCAGCGCAUCUACUGAAGCAGGGUGUACGCGAGCUUCCUUGCAUCGGCGAUGGGCGGCAGUCCGGUACUUCAGGCACACCAUCCAUCCUGAACGCGACCCCGGAAGCUGCGGAUGGCGGAAACUUAGCGCUCAUCCAAGAUGGUGAUAAGCUGAGAGUGGACCUCAACAGACGGAGAGUUGAUAUCCUGGUGUCGGAGGACGAAUUGAAUCAGCGGAGGAAGGAGUUGGACGAGAGAGGCGGCUACAAGGGGCCAGAAAGCCAUACGCCGUGGCAGGACAUCUUCCGUCGAGAGACUGGUGGACUCAGCGAUGGCAUGGUUCUUAAGCGGGCUGUGGCGUUCCAACGGGUGGCCCAGACUGCUGUGCUCAGAGACAAUCACUAA